UUUGAGCCUUUGAUUUGAUUGAUCGCCAAGAUGGCCUUCUGUUGGAAGGGAUGGGUCUUCGCAGCAAUCCUGCUUCCCGUGGCUACGCCAAUGCACUCCGAUUGUUUCAUCAGGAAGGAGCAAGAAGCUUGUUUAGAAAGCAUCCAGAAACUGACCAGCAGUAUGACCUUCAACAGAUCAUCCCCAGGUUGUGCCGGGAUGUGGGAUAACAUUACGUGUUGGAAACCAGCUUUUGUGGGGGAAGUCGUCUUUGUCAAAUGUCCAGCUCUCUUCACGGUGGUGAACUUAGAUUACGGCUGGGAUGUGAAUAGCAUGGCGUACGCACAGCCAGGGGAGUUUGAACUGCUGGACAAUCCAGAACAACUUCUAGCGGGCGGAUCUCUGGAUUUAAAGGUUGUUGGCAGGAACUGCACCAAGGAAGGCUGGUCUGAUCCUUUCCCACAUUAUUACGAUGCCUGUGGAUUUGAUGAGAAUGACACCAUGGCAGAUUAUAACCAGGAUUACUACUACCUCUCUGUCAAGGCUCUGUACACAGUGGGCUACAGCACUUCCCUUGUUUCGCUCACCACAGCCAUGGUGAUCUUGUGCCGUUUCAGGAAACUGCACUGCACCCGGAACUUUAUUCACAUGAACCUUUUCGUUUCGUUCAUUCUGCGAGCCAUAUCGGUCUUCAUUAAAGACGGGGUUUUGUAUGCCGAACAAGACAGCAACCACUGUUUUAUCUCAACGGUGGAAUGCAAGGCGGUGAUGGUUUUUUUCCACUACUGUGUGAUGUCCAACUAUUUCUGGCUUUUCAUUGAGGGGCUGUACCUUUUCACCUUACUUGUGGAAACCUUCUUUCCAGAGAGGAGGUAUUUCUACUGGUACACCAUCAUCGGCUGGGGAACUCCCACUAUUUGUGUCACUGUCUGGGCGGUCCUUAGGCUUCACUUUGAUGAUAUUGGGUGUUGGGACAUGAAUGACAACACAGCCUUGUGGUGGGUGAUCAAAGGUCCUGUAGUUGCAUCAAUAAUGAUCAACUUUUUGCUUUUCGUGGGCAUCAUCAUCAUCUUGGUUCAGAAGCUCCAGUCACCAGAUAUCGGGGGCAACGAAUCCAGCAUCUACUUGUAA